AUGGAUGUGUUCCUUCAGCCACUUAUAGAGGACUUAAAAAAAUUGUGGGAAGGUGUGAAUACUGGAGAUGCAGUAACUAGUGAUACUUUCUUAAUGCGUGCGGCAGUUUUGUGGACCAUCAAUGAUUUCCCUGCGUAUGCUUUAAUGUCUGGAUGGAGUACAAAAGGGUAUAAAGCAUGCCCAACUGGUAAUGAAGAAACUCCUUCAAAAGGCAUAAGGAUUAAGAUAGCUUAUAUUGGACAUAGACGUUUUCUUCCUCUAAAUGAUCCAAUGAGACGAAGCAAACAGUUUGAUGGUCAGACGGAAAGGAGAUCUCCUCCUAGUGAAAUAACUGCUAAAGAAAUAUUAGCUCAGUUAGAACAUGUGCAUGUUGGUAUUCCGGGAAAACAUAAGCAAUAUGGAGGUAUAAAGCGCAAGCGUUCUCCCAUCGAGCUUAAUUGGUCGAAAAAGAGCAUAUUUUUUCAGCUUGAAUAUUGGCAACACUUACCACUUCGGCAUAACUUAGAUGUAAUGCACAUCGAGAAGAAUGUAAGUGAUAAUGUUCUCAGUACGUUGUUGAAUAUAGAAGGAAAAUCAAAAGACACGGAAAAGGCAAGACUAGAUCUUCAAUAUGUUAACAAUCGAGCACAUCCAGAGGGGUCAAUUGCCGAAGCUUACAUUGUUAAUGAGGCUCUAACCUUUUGCUCAAUGUAUUUUCGAGAUAUCGAAACCCGAUAUAAUCGCCCUGAAAGAAAUGAUGAUAGGGUGAACACUUGUUCGUCUCGAAUUAUUUCUAUAUUCAAGCAUGUUGGUCGACCUUUGGGCAAGAAAGAGGUCAUGGUUCUUGAACCUUCGUUACGGAUUAAGGCAGAGUGGUAUGUGCUAAAUAAUUGCCAAGAAGUUGAAAAAUACCUUGAAGAGCAUCGAAAUGGUCUGCUGGCAAGGGGAGUGCGUAAUUUGGAGCAACAACAAGAAGUUGAAUUUCCAUUGUGGUUUAAAGAUAAGGUUAAUGAAAUGCGAGCAGUUGGAUCAUCUGAGGCCACAGAUGAAUUAUAUGCAUUAGCUAAUAUAUCUAAUUUUACUGUGUAUUCAUACUCUAGUGCUAUUAUCAAUGGUGUUAAGUUUAUUGUGGAACAACGAGAUGUUAGACGAACCACACAAAAUAGUGGUAUUCUUGUACCUGGCAUAGGAGGGCAGAACUAUUAUGGCGUUCUUCAAGACGUGAUAGAGUUGUGUUAUUUAAAAGAUUGUAAAGUAUUGAUAUUCAAGUGCAAAUGGUUUGACACUGAUCCUAGGAGAAGAAGAAUUCAAGAAGACAAUAGAUUCACGAGCAUCUAUACUGGGGCAGAAUGGUACAAGAAUGAUCCAUUUAUACUUGCAUCGCAAGCAAAAUCAGUGUAUUACUUGAAUGAUAUCAAGAAUGAUCCAAUGUGGAAAUUGGUGCAAGCUUAUGCCCCACAUAAUGUGUGGGACUAUCCAAAUAUGGAAGUUGAAAAUGAUGUUGACAAAACUACUACUGAUGCUCACAUAGUGCAAGAACUUAAUUCGCAACCAUUGCAACUAGUGGUAGAAUUACCAGAGUUAGAGAACGUCAGCUUCUAUCGUGAUGAUAUCGAACCAACCGAGGUUAUCAAUAUCGAUCAGUUGCAGCAAAAUAUAGAAGAAUAUGAUGAAGAAGAUGACAGUACUGUUGAAAUUGACGAUGAUGAUAAUAUUGACAUUGAAACUAAUGGCACAACUUCAGAAAAAGAAGAUGUCUAG